AUGGAUACCUAUGUUAAAAAUCUUCUCAACGGAUGGAAUAUGCCAGAGCUGAUAAAAGUGUUCCAAGAGGAGGAAGUCGACGAGGUCGCCUUCAAGUGUCUGAAGUACGAUAUGAUCAAGGAGAUCAUACCACGGAUCGGCAAGCGGGCCAAGUUCCUGCAGCGGUACGAGGAGUACAAGGAGAAUCUCACCGAACGACCCGCCUUUGCCGAGCUGCAGCUGGACGAGAAGGAACGCUUUUCGCCCACCCACUCGCCCCAGAAGCCCUCGCGCAUAGACUGGGGACGCAUCGAGAAGGUGUGCGGCCCGGUACCGAUCUACCUUAAGAACCUGCUGAAAAUGUGUGGCUACGAGGCGGAAAGCAGUUUGCGCAACCUGAACGACGAUGACUUCAUCGACAUGGAGCGAUUCGCCCGGGAAGAGCUGAUCCAUCUGGUGCCGGCGACGCAAUUCUACUUCCAUAUCUUCUGUAGCGAUCCGGCCCGCGAGUUUCGGCUCGUCCCGGGCCACCGGAAGCUGCUGCUGCAGAUCAGCGCGUACCUGAACUACACCAAGGUGGCCAGCGAAAUCCAACGACCGGAACCCGCGGCCAUUCGUGUGCCCGCCGAGCUGGCGAUCCAGCGAGAGCGCGAGCGGGAACACCGGUUGCUACUCCAGCAACAGCAACAACAACACCACCAGCAGCAGCAACAGCAGCAUCAGCAGCAGCAGGCCCAACAGCAACAGCAAGAUCAACAGGCGCAACAGCAGAAAGCACAACAGCAGGCACAACAGCAGCAUCUUCUCCAGCAGCAGCAGCAACUGCUGCAGGAAGUGGUCCGGAUGCACCAACAGCCACUGUCGGACAUCCAAGAGCACAUGCUGACCGAGCUGAAGAUGUCACACAAGAACUCACCACUAGCGUUCGAGCAGGCGACCGUCUUCCCUCCGCUCAGCGACGAGGAACGCAUCAAGAAGAUCCAGGGCUGCAUCGUGAAACUGAUCGACAUGUGGAGCGAAAAGCAACCGAUCAAGCUGCAGGUCACGGAGGAGAUGAUCAACGUAACGUACGAAACGAACGGCUACAACGCGUUCAUCAAGUGCCCGAUGUGUGCGGUACAGAUAAAGGUGUCGAAGCUGCCGACGAAGAAGGGCGACCGAUUCGUGAUCUCCAACUUCUCCAAGCACAUCAUCAAGAUGCACUUCUCACAGCUGGCCGAGGGUGGCGGAGGUGGUGGUGGUGGUGGUGGCGGGGUCAACGGUGGAGAUGGGCCCAUGACGGGCCGCGGAGGAUCGGUCGGGUCCGAUCGGCACCUGAGCAUCGACAACGUGUCGUCGUACUACGGCGGGGAAAACUCGGACAGCAACAACACAUACCCGUACGAUGACUAUGGGCCCGGGAAGCGCCAGAAGACGAUGCACGACGAGGACGACGACGAGAUGGACCCGAUGCCACCGCACCUGCUCCACCCGUACGUCAGCAUCAAGGACGAGAUCAUCGAUCUGGACGCGUAGCUAGGUUUGUGGCGCAGGCGACGGGUCAAGGCCCCCGCGCCCCAUUUCCACGCCGAAACCGUAAGGACGAAUAGCUAGACACCACUGCGCACACGAAGCUAGAACGGGCCAACAAUUUCCAUUCCAUUCCUCAAACGAACCAAAAAGCCUCUCUUUAGUACGCGUUCCCUCGUAGAUAGCUUAAAAUCAUUCCUAGAGUGUAAGGCGGACUGCUACUAUCUUUAACAUGUAACACGUUACUCGAAUCGGCUUAGCAUAUGGGAGUUCUAUAUAUUUUUAACUAGUUCAAUGGCGUAGUCACACGAAGAGAUGCGGUAGGGUGUGUUUGUGGUAUGAGAAAAGACUUAAUUUUUUAGUUUGUUUCGAAAAGAAAAGAAAAAACAGUUUACCGUGCGGUGUAAGGAAUAUAUCGCAACAAAGUUUUACAAAAAGUUAGGACAAAAGAGAAAACUGUAUAUAAACACGCGUAGCUUAUUUAUAUUAGGUCUUUCUUAAUAAAUCGAAGGCAUGUGUUCGAAGGCACGAGCAAAUGUCUUGUUGGGUAAUUGUA